AAAUGAGUGGGCUACCCGGUGCCAGCACCUGCCCAGGUCCGGGAGAGGCCUCCGACCUUAAGUCCCCGCUGGGCGCCAAGUUCAGGGAACCUCUUACUGAGGCCCGGUUUCAGCAGCUCUUCGGGGACGCAGAGCAGGAGCCCGAGCUACUCGCGGAGCCCCGCUGGUCGCGGCUGCGCCGCCUUUGGAGGGGGCCGGCCCGCGCCUGUUCCGGACCGGGGCCGUGGCCCCUGCUGCGGGCGCGGCUGCCCCCGCUGCGUUGGCUGCCCCACUACCGCUGGCGGGCCUGGCUGCUCGGGGAUGCGGUGGCCGGAGUGACCGUGGGCGUCGUGCACGUGCCCCAGGGCAUGGCUUUUGCCCUCCUGACCUCUGUGCCCCCAGUGUUCGGACUCUACACUUCUUUCUUUCCCGUCCUCAUCUACACCUUGUUGGGUACUGGGAGACACCUGUCCACCGGAACUUUCGCGGUACUCAGCCUUAUGACGGGCUCGGCCGUGGAGCGGCUGGUGCCGGAACCCCUCGAGGGGAACCUGAGCGGCAUCGAGAGGGAACAGCUGGAUGCUCAGCGGGUUGGUGCGGCUGCGGCCGUGGCCUUCGGGAGCGGGGCACUGAUGCUGGGAAUGUUCGCGCUGCAGCUCGGCGUCCUGGCCACCUUUUUGUCGGAGCCUGUAGUCAAGGCGCUGACCAGUGGGGCCGCCCUGCACGUGCUCGUGUCCCAACUGCCUAGCCUUUUGGGGUUGCCCCUCCCGCGUCAGAUCGGCUGUUUCGCUCUCUUCAAGACGCUGGCCGCCGUGCUGGCGGCGCUGCCGCGGAGCAGUCCCGCCGAACUGACCGUCUCGGCACUCAGCCUGGCGCUGCUCGUGCCCGUCAAGGAAUUGAACGUGAGGUUCCGAGACAGGCUACCCACCCCGAUCCCAGGGGAAAUCGUCAUGGUGCUUCUGGCCUCCGUGCUCUGCUUCACCUCUUCCCUGGACACAAGAUACAACGUCCAGAUAGUUGGAUUGCUGCCCGGAGGAUUUCCCCAGCCUCUCCUCCCCAGCCUGGCUGAGCUGCCCAGGAUUCUGGCCGACUCGUUGCCCAUGGCACUGGUUACCUUUGCAGUGUCUGCCUCCCUGGCCUCCAUCUAUGCAGACAAGUACAGCUACACUAUUGAUUCCAACCAGGAGCUCUUUGCACAUGGUGUCUCCAACCUCAUCUCCUCCCUCUUCUCUUGCUUUCCCAACUCGGCCACAUUGGCCACAACCAGCCUACUAGUGGAUGCUGGUGGGAACACACAGCUGGCAGGCCUCUUCUCCUGUAUGGUUGUCCUGUCUGUCCUGCUGUGGCUGGGGCCCUUCUUCUACUAUCUGCCCAAGGCGGUCUUGGCCUGCAUCAACAUCUCCAGCAUGCGUCAGAUGUUCUUCCAGAUGCGAGAACUUCCACAACUAUGGCGCAUCAGCCGCGUGGACUUUGCUGUGUGGAUGGUCACAUGGGUGGCUGUCGUGACCCUGAGUGUGGACCUGGGCCUGGCUGUAGGUGUGGUCUUCUCCAUGAUGACUGUGGUCUGCCGCACCCAGAGGGUACAGUGCCUGGCACUCGGACUGGCUGAGGGGACAGAGCUCUACAGGCCACUCAGAGAGAGUCACAAGCUCCUCCAGGUCCCAGGGCUCUGCAUCCUGAGCUAUCCAACACCGCUCUACUUUGGGACCCGUGGGCAGUUUCGCCGCAUCCUGGAGUGGCAUCUGGGGCUUGGAGAAGGAGGCAAGGAGGCUCCAAAGACAGAUGGCCCACCUGAUGCAGUUGCUGAGCCUGUCAGAGUGGUAGUCCUAGACUGCAGUGGUGUCACCUUUGCAGAUGCUGCAGGGGCCAGAGAAGUGGUUCAGCUAGCCAGCCGAUGCCAAGAUGCUGGGAUCCACCUUCUCCUGGCUCAGUGUAAUGCCUCCGUGCUGGGGACACUGACCCAGGCAGGACUCCUGGAUAGAGUGACCCCAGAACAGCUGUUUGUGAGUGUCCAGGAUGCAGCUGCAUAUGCCCUGGAGAGACUGGAGCUCACUGGUCCAAAGACUUGCACAGUGUGGGUCUGACCCGGUCACGUGGAGUGUGGAGGGUCCCAACAGCAUGUGUGUGAGGAGAGCCAGGGUCCCUGAGCCCCCUUACUUAAUGUAACUAAUAAAACGAAGCUGAGAGCC